AGCAACCAGAGCAACCCCAAACCUCAGUGACUUCACAUUUUUACAAUCUUCAGUUUCGACUAAAUUUACUAAUGUGGACCUUUAUCAUGCGUGUGCCGGAGUUUACCUUCCGAAGUGCUUACUGACAUUAUGCCAACGACAAACAGAAAGAAGCAGGGGAGGGACACCGCGGUACAGGGGACCAACGACAGCAGUGUGGUGAGCAAGGUGUCUGCCGCAGCGCAGGGCUACUUCCAGGAUGUCUUCCUCCAACACUUUGUGUGCAAAGCGGCCAGAAGAGCCCCGCUCAUCAACAGGGGCUACCAUGUGCGCUGGAGAGCCGUGGACCACUGUGUGAGGAGGUUCCUAAACAUUACUGACAACUGCCCAAAGAGACAGAUUCUGUCUUUGGGCGCAGGGUUCGACUCUGCGUAUUUUCGCCUCCGCGCAGAUGAAGCGCUGGACAGGGCCGUUGUGUUUGAGGUCGACUUUCCUGACGUCACUCGCCGCAAGGCUGCCCUGAUCAAUUCUGAUAACACGCUCAGGGGGAUGUUGGACCCCCCUGUGACUUCGUGUACAGGGCCUGAGUGUGUGUCCAGUGGUCGGUACCGUCUGCUAGGGCUGGAUGUUAGAGAGGAGUCCCAGGUGGAAGAGGCUCUGAGUGCAGCGGGGCUGGACUGGGCUGCCCCCACCCUAAUUCUCUCUGAAGUGGUGCUUACCUACAUGGAAACAAAAUGGUCGGAUGCUGUCAUUAGUUGGACAGCGAAGCUCCUGCCACAGUCCCUCUUCGUUAUGUACGAGCAGAUACAUCCACUUGAUCCCUUCGGUCGGAUCAUGCAAGAUCAUUUCCUGAAACUAAAUUCGACUCUACACGCCCUUUUCCAAUACCCGGACACUGCUGCACAGAGGCACCGGUUCCUGGACAAGGGCUGGGAGCAGUGUGUGUGUCUGGAUAUGAAUGACUUCUACUUCGGCCUGGUCCCUGAGGAGGAGAGAGCCAGAGUGGAGAGCCUGGAGCCUUUCGAUGAAUAUGAGGAGUGGCACCAGAAAUGUUCCCACUACUUCAUCCUUACUGCAUCUCGAGGCGCUUUGAUGACACAGGCUUUACUCUCGCAAGCUCCAGUGCCAUCCAUUUGCCCGUCUUGGAGCCCCACAGCCCUGAGUGUGCGGACCGUACCAGUUAGUAUGGAGGGUCUGGGGAUGGCUUCCACGUCGGUGAGCCCGGGGCAGGUGCUGCUGACAGGAGGCUCUAGCAGAGGAGGCAGGGGGCCAGUGACUAGGACCCUCCUCUGGGGCCAGAAAGGCUGGAGAUCUAUCAGUGUAGAACCAUCAGUAGAUUUGGGGGUUCGACUCUACCACAGCGCUACCUCUCUUCCUGGAGGAGGUGUGGUGGUAUACGGGGGCCGCUCAUCUCCACUCAACCCAAUCGGAGGCCUUUUCAGAGUAACCCUGGACACCGGGGGCCCCCCUGAUCCACUCCACUCAGAGGACCGAGACACUGUGAAACUUUGUGUGGAGCAGAUGGUCUGUACGGGGGAACCACCAGCGCCACGAUGGAGGCACACUGCUACUACUGUCAGUCACAAAGGUAAAGACUUUCUGAUUGUGUUUGGUGGAAAGAAUGAAUCUGAGGCAGCUCUGGGUGACUGCUACUUCCUGUGUCCAGACCAGCAGCACUGGACUGAGAUCCCGGUAGAGGGCUCAGCACCGGAGGCCCGCCAUACCCACUCGGCAUGUUCAUAUCAGGGAGGUGUGGUGGUGUUUGGAGGACUGGACCGAAGGGGAUUACCACUGGGGGACACAGCCCUGUUAAGGCCAACGGACAGAGGCUUCUCCUGGGAAAGAAUAGAGGUGCAGCCCCCUCCCAUUCCCAGGUACUCUCAUUCUGCCCAUGUGAUUGGUGAAAAGCUGCUUGUGGUUGGUGGAGUUUGGCUGCAUUCGGAUGGUGUACCAGGUGUCGUCAUGAUCAACCUCACCACGCGCAGCAGUGUGGAGUUCAGCCUGGACACGACGUCGGUGCCCUGGCCUCUGAUGCUCCACUCAUUCUGCUCCGAGCUGACGGACUCAGAGGAACCAGAGCUGCUCCUGAUAGGCGGGGGAGGAAACUGUUUCUCUUUUGGGACUCACUUCAACCUUCAGCCUGUCACUGUGGACCUCAGACCUGCGCUGGGAUGAAGUGAAGUGUUUCUAUGAAACGGUUAAGCCGCUCAAAUCAAUGACUUAAAAACUGUGGCGGUCCGAACUCCAACCAUCAGUCAUCCCAGACAGGAUGAAAUGGAUAAACUUGAACUAUUUGGAACAGUUUGAAUAGAGCUUACUUCUCCAGACAUGUUUUAUUGUUACUGAGCCCUGGCGUGUGUUAUGUCUCAUUAAAGCGUGAUUUAUGCUUCUGC